UGCAGUCUGAAAUUUAAUGUAUUAAUAUUCCAUGACAAAUUAGCAUUUGCAAAUGAUAGAGCUACAAACAUAACAAUAGGUACAUAGCCACAAUCAUGGGUUGGAUACAAUGAGGCAGCAAUAAGUUACUCCUCAUUCACUUUGCUAAUAAAGCAUAUGGGUGGUUACCAUCAAGCAAUCAAAGAGGGAAUAUAGGGAAUCCACUAAUGACAAAACUUUUAGAACAUCUAUUCUUUUUCGGAUGUUAUUCUACAUACUAUCCGGUGUCAUCUACCAGAAUAAACCAGCUGAAGCUAAUAUAAAUAGACCUUCUCUAGAGCUUGAGUUCAACAGAGCAAAACAAAAACAAUUUCAAGCCAAUUGUACCAUUAGUUAAGAGUUUACCAACUCUUACUCCUUUUAAAUACUCAUAUUUUGUAGCAAUGGACUUGCUGGCAACUUUGACUGCUGACAAGCCAGUGGUGAUCUUCAGCAAGAGCACUUGUGCCAUUAGCCAUUCUGUGAAAGCUCUCAUAUGCAGCUUUGGUGCCAACCCUACGGUUAUCGAGAUUGACAAAAUGACAAAUGGUCAGCAAAUAGAGAGGGCACUGAUUCAGGUUGGUUGCCGCCCAACUGUACCAGCAGUGUUCAUUGGACAACAACUUAUAGGUGGUGCUGACGAAGUCAUAUGCCUCAACGUCCAAAACAGGCUUGCCCAGUUGCUUUUGAGGGCUAGAGCUAUAUUUAUCUGGAGUUCAUAGCCAUGCAAUGCAAAAUCACCUCAGAGGAUCAAACAAGAGGCUCUAAUCUUCUUAAAGCUAAUAAUAUUACUACAUAGUUCCUAGCUAUGACUACUAUAUAUCAGAAGGUUUAGUAACAGAGCUUCUAGUCUGUUUGUACUCUUAAUUCUUCGUUUCUUGUUCUGGUGCACUAUGUCAUUCUCAAUUUUUGUAUAAUGUAAGUCAAGCCUAUGCUAGACAUGACUGUCAGCCAUGGCAUGCACGUGUUAUCAAAUGCAACUAUGCAAGGCUCAGUUAUAAAAUGAAAUAUAUUCUGAUUUUCAUAAAAA